GGAAGAGCAAGGGCACGAAGACAGUCAGUCUCGGAUGAAAUUCGAGCCACUUUAGUUGACCAUGUCCUUGUCCAUGGGAUGACUAUGAGGGAGGCUGGGCAACGAGUACAACCAAAUUUGAGUCGCUUCACUGUUGCCUCCAUCAUCAGAACCUUCAGGGAGGAAAACAGGACACAGAGACGACCACCUGGUGGAGGCAGGUUAAGGCUUUUGUCGGAGGAGCAAGAGAGGGAACUUGUAAACAUGGUAAUUGCAAAUAAUGUAAUCCGCCUGCAAGAGAUUCAAAGGAGAGUGAUUGAGGAUGAUCAUCUUUUUCGAGGCAUAAAUGCCAUCAGCCUCUCCACAAUUGACCGCAUCCUCCGAAAGAAUCAAUUCCGGAUGAAACAGGCAUACCGAGUCCCUUUCGAACGAAACUCUGACAGAGUGAAAAACCAACGUGUGGAAUAUGUUCAGAGAAUCUUUGAGAUUGAAGGACGGCCUGUUCCCCAUGAAAUGAUCUUUGUGGAUGAGGCAGGUUUUAACCUGACCAAAAGAAGGAAAAGGGGGAGAAACAUAAUUGGCCAUCGGGCUAUUGUAAAUGUCCCUGGUCAGCGUGGGGGGAAUGUCACUAUGUGCGCAGCCAUCAGCCAACGAGGGGCCAUGGAAGAGGCCUGCCUAGACAUAUCAGUAGAUGCAUGCCAGGGGUGGAUCAGGCAUGCAAGAGGAUUUUACCCCCGCUGCCUGGCUGGGGCCAAUAUAGCCUGUGAUGUGGAUGAGAUUCUCUGGCCUGACCCAGACCAAAGACAAGAUGCUGUGGUGGGAUAA